AUGUCUCUCUUUACUAGUCCACUCUUUAAUACUCCUUUCAAAGCUAUUAUAUAUCAGCCUAACAUUCACCUUAGAAAAGGUUUCCCUGAAGCAGAUUUAAAAUUAAAAGAAGCCAUAGGGAAAAAUUGGAAAGAUUGGAUGACCAUGUAUACAGACGCAUCCAAAAAUACUGAUGAUGGCUGCACUGGUGCAGCUGUCUGGAUCCCCAGGUGUCAUCUUAAAGGGAUUUCUGUCUGUUUAGCCUGGAUACCUAGUCAUAGUGGUAUUUGUGAAAAUGAUAAAGCAGAUUUGUGUGCCAAAGAGGCUACUAGAAAUGACACCCCACUAAAUGUUACUUAUUCCCAUGACUUGCUGUCACUUGCUAGGAAAAAGCUUGUUAAUACGUGGAAUGAGAUAUGGAAAGCAUCACAAAUACUAAAAGGCAAGCACUAUGCUGCUAUACAAGAUAAUAUUCCAUCAAGACCUUUGUUUUUUAUAUUUAAUAAAGCAAACAAACGUGCCACCUCUAUUGUCUGCCGGUUGAGAAUUGGACAUGUCUGUACCUAUGUUCACCUAGCUAAACUCAGGAUUAGGGAUAGUUCUCUGUGCGAAUGUGGUUUAGAUGAGGGAAACACUAUUCAUAUUUUUUUUAACUGCACCAAAUUGUCAUCAUCUCUUUACGAUUAUCUGCCCCCUGACAUCCCUCGUCCCAUAGACUUGAACUCCCUUCUAAUCUUCACAAAUACCUCUUUUGUAUAUAUUUUAUGUGAUUUUAUUAACUCUAACAACAUUAAACUAUAA